AUGGCCCAAUCCACCGCCCAUCGGCGCCUCCUCCAAGAAUACCGCGCCCUGACCAACAACCCGCCCGACGGCAUAACCGCCGGUCCCGUCUCCGAAGACGACCUGUUGCACUGGGAAGCCCUAAUCCAAGGCCCCGAAGGCACGCCCUUCGAAGGCGGCAUCUUCCCCGCAGAGUUGAAAUUCCCCAAGGACUACCCCUUAGCCCCGCCCAGCAUGAAGUUCCUCGGCGAGAUAUUCCACCCCAACGUCUACCCGACGGGGUUGGUGUGCAUCUCAAUCUUGCACCCGCCCGGUGACGACCCCAACCACUACGAGCAUGCGAGCGAAAGAUGGAGCCCCAUACAGAGCGUCGAGAAGAUUCUGAUCAGCGUUAUGAGCAUGCUGGCUGAGCCCAACGACGAGAGUCCUGCUAAUGUGGAGGCGGCCAAGAUGUGGAGGGAUCGGAGACCUGACUAUGAGAAGAAGGUGCGCGAGGGGGUUAGGCGGAUGUUGGGGCUGUAG